AAGCGUGGUUUAUUCAAAGAUGAUAUAUACAACGAUUUUGGUUCAAUUUAUAUGAUUGACGUAUCAAUUGGAACACCUCCACAAACAUUUCGUUUAGCAGUCGACACUGGAAGUGCAGAUUUAUGGGUACCUGGAUCGGAUUGUCCGCCCAAUUCUUGUCCUUGUACAAAAUUUGACGAAUCCAAGUCGAAAACAUAUCAAUCUUCAACAGACAGUUUUGCAAUCCAAUAUGGAAUAGGCAGUGUCAAUGGGAGUUAUGCAACAGAUACAAUCACCAUUGCUGGUGCAACCGUUCUUGGGCAAAAAUUUGGCUUAGCUUCAGUCACUGCGGAUAUUAUGGAACAGCCAGAUAUGAUUGACGUUAGCAAUAAUACCAGCAUAAAUGGUACUAGUCCUGUUAUAAUGAAUGGUAUAUUUGGUCUUGGCUAUCCUCGAUUGACACGAGCCUACAGUCAAAGUGGAAAUGCAUAUAACCCUUUUGUCUUCAACCUGGUAGCACAAAACCUUAUAGAAAACCCUGUUUUCUCGAUUUUUUUGAACUCGAUUUCUGAGGCAGACUGGUCUGGGGAGAUUCUGUUCGGUGGUUACGACCAAAACAAAUUUAUUGGAAAUUUGACUUAUUUAGAUGUUGCGGGAUUAACUGCCAAAAUAACAUCAGAGGAUAGCACCACCAGGAUGUCAAAUGGUUACUACUACUGGAUGGUAUAUGCACAGGGAAUUGGGGUCAAAAAUCCCCUGACAACCAACGGUAAGCCUAUGACAUGGGGCAUGUCAGAGUUAGGUGCUUUCAUUUUAGAUACAGGCACCACCCUCACAUACUUUCCUGAGCUAAUUACUACUCAGAUCGUUACAGCAUUUGUUGGUGCAGGCAAAUUCACUCUUGAUCCUCAAUAUAAUGUUUACAUUAUUGAUUGUGCUGCAGCAACGAAUUCUUCGUUUCAGUUUGAGCUUAUACUAUCAAAGACCGCGCAAGUAGGCAAUGAACAACCUAUUAUUGUUAGUGUGCCGGCUAAAGAGCUUGUCAUCUCAAUGGAAGGGAACAGCGUGGAAAAUUCUCACAACUGUAUGUUUGGUAUUGCUCCUCUGGGUAAAAGCAGCUCCCUGAGAUCCAGUAAUAUGUAUCUUAUCGGUGACUCCGUUCUUCGAUCUUUGUAUAUGGUAUACGAUAUGGGGAAGAAUCGUGUUGGACUUGCUGCAAACAAAAACAUGGGAGGAACUGUA